AGGACAGUUUCCAUUUUUCAUUCGGGAUCGUGGAAGGGACGUCAAAAAGGGACAAAAAGUCACCUGAAGUCGCGCUCACUUUGUGGGACCCCGAACAUGGAGAUGCAAAGGUGGUCCACAAGGUGGAAAACGAAACGCUGGCUUAUGGAUUCCACUAGAACUGCAUUCAUCACUUUAACACUGCUUCUGCAGGCUGCUUGUGUCAGAGCAGGAGAGCCAGUGGAUGUCUUAAAAGCGUUAGGAUUUCAAAAUUACCCCGAUGGAGUGACAAAAGUAACGGGAUUUUGUGCAAACCGAAGAGCAUCGAAGUCAGACUCUGCCUACAGAAUCGCCAGGCAGAUCCAGAUCAACGCUCCCACCUCACAGUUAUUCCCUGGUGGCGUUUUCCCGGAGGAUUUCUCCAUCCUGACCACCGUGCGCCCCGAGUCUGGCCUCCAGUCCUUCUUGCUGUCCAUUUACAAUGAGCAAGGAGUUCAGCAGCUAGGUGUAGAGGUGGGACGCUCACCUGCUUUCCUGUAUGAGGAUCAAACUGGCAAGCCAGUCCCGGAGGACUACCCCCUGUUCACCUCUCUCAACCUUUCUAAUGGAAAGUGGCGCCGUGUGGCCAUCAGUGUUGAGAAGAAGACGGUCACCAUCAUUGUGGAUUGUACAAGGAAGAUCACCAAGCCUCUGCUCAGGAGUGACCAAGGCUCCAUCAGCACCAACGGCAUUACGGUGUUUGGCACCAGGAUCCUGGAUGAGGAUGUUUUCCAGGGCGACAUCCAGCAGCUCCUGAUUGUUGCUGAUCCUAAAGCAGCAUAUGACUACUGUGACCAUUACAGCCCAGACUGUGACACGCCGCACAAGGAUUCGCUUCAGGCCCAGGAGCCAGACGAAGAGUACAUUACUGACGAUAUAGAUUACAGACAGUUCUAUGAAUACUCUGAAGGACCAACAGACUCCGUCCCGACAGACGAAUACUCUGAAAAACAGCUAAACAAUGUAGAGGGAGAUUACUAUACAGACAUUGACUACGGAACUCUAGAUGGUACUCAGACUCAGUCACCUGUUGCCACGCGCGGACCAAGCGAGGCUGUAAAGGAGGAUUUUAUCGGGGCGCGUGUCACCGAAGCCCCUACUCUCCCUCCGGAGCCCGGCACUGUGUUGGAAACGGGGGACAACUCGGAGACCGGUGCGGAAGCGUAUGACUUUAAGGAGUAUGACCUGAACGAGUAUGACUUGGGCAAGUUAGACAACAAGUAUGAUUAUGGGACAUACGAUGAGUACGGCCCCCACCCAUCUAUAGCCCCGACAGCCUAUGAUGAGGAAGUGGGGCCCGGGGUCGCUGCCGAAACCGACUUUUCUGAAAGUACAAUUGCUGGUUCUCAAGCAGUCUUCGGGCAGAAGGGCGAGAAGGGCGAGCCGGCUGUGAUCGAACCUGGCAUGCUGAUUGAAGGACCACCAGGACCACCCGGCCCAUCUGGUCUUCCGGGACCAUCAGGCCUUCAGGGACCCCCGGGCCCAGCCGGAGAUCCUGGUGACAGAGGUCCUCCUGGCCGCGCCGGUCUCCCCGGCGCCGACGGCUUACCGGGUCCUCCAGGUACCAUGCUGAUGCUCCCAUUUCGCUUCGGUGGGGACGGCGAGAAGGGUCCGGUGGUGUCGGCCCAAGAAGCCCAAGCACAGGCCAUCCUCUCCCAGGCCAGGCUGGCGAUGAGGGGACCUCCUGGGCCAAUGGGUUUGACUGGAAGAUCUGGACCGGUGGGUCCUCCUGGCUCAGGUGGGCUGAAGGGUGAAAGCGGAGACCCCGGUCCUCAGGGCCCACGUGGCAUUCAAGGACCCCCUGGACAACCUGGCAAAGUUGGUAAAAGGGGUCGGGCUGGUGCUGACGGCGCUCGUGGAAUGCCCGGAGAGCCAGGCUCUAAGGGUGACCGAGGCUUUGAUGGACUUCCCGGGCUGCCUGGAGAAAAGGGCCACAGGGGCGAGCCGGGGCCAAUGGGACCAGCUGGAGCCCCAGGAGAGGAUGGACAGAGAGGUGAAGACGGAGAGAUUGGGCCCAGAGGGUUAGCUGGAGAGAGCGGGCCCAGAGGCCUGCUGGGACCUCGCGGUCCUCCGGGACCCCCCGGAGUGCCGGGCGUUGCCGGAGUGGACGGGCCACCGGGUCCCAAAGGCAACAUGGGACCACAAGGGGAACCGGGCCCACCGGGUCAGCAGGGAAUCCCUGGAACACAGGGCCUCCCCGGUCCUCAAGGUCCGAUCGGACCACCUGGAGAAAAAGGCCCUCAGGGCAGGUCGGGACUUCCUGGACUGCCUGGAGCUGACGGGCCUCCUGGUCAUCCUGGUAAGGAGGGUCCACCCGGAGAGAAAGGUUCUCAGGGUCCACUGGGUCCUCAGGGCCCUCUUGGUUAUCCUGGCCCCCGGGGUGUAAAGGGGGCCGACGGAGUUCGUGGGCUAAAGGGAUCAAAAGGAGAAAAGGGCGAGGACGGUUUCCCAGGUUUUAAAGGAGAUAUGGGAAUCAAAGGCGACCGGGGUGAAAUCGGCAUGCCUGGGUCCCGUGGAGAGGAUGGUCCUGAGGGACCUAAAGGCAGAGCCGGCCCCAACGGAGAGUCGGGGCCUCUCGGUCCAGCAGGAGAGAAAGGCAAACUUGGUGUCCCAGGAUUGCCAGGUUAUCCCGGACGACAGGGACCAAAGGGCUCGAGUGGAUUCCCCGGCUUCCCUGGAUCAAACGGCGAGAAAGGAGCACGGGGCAUUGCUGGGAAAUCUGGUCCUAGAGGACAGAGAGGUCCAACGGGGCCCCGCGGGGCUCGAGGAGCCAGAGGUCCAACGGGCAAACCCGGUCCCAAGGGCACAGCAGGAAACGACGGCCCCCCUGGCCCGCCUGGUGAGAGAGGACCUCAAGGACCUCAGGGGCCAGUGGGCUUCCCUGGACCAAAGGGCCCCCCGGGACCACCUGGGAAGGACGGGCUUCCCGGACACCCUGGACAGCGUGGAGAGACGGGUUUCCAAGGAAAAACUGGCCCCCCAGGACCAGGAGGUGUUGUUGGGCCUCAGGGACCCACUGGAGAGACCGGUCCUGUUGGUGAGCGCGGACAUCCUGGACCCCCAGGCCCACCUGGAGAGCAGGGUCUUCCGGGUGCUGCUGGCAAGGAGGGAGCCAAGGGUGAUCCUGGACCGCAAGGCUCCCCUGGUAAAGACGGUCCGCCGGGCCUUCGCGGCUUCCCUGGAGAGAGAGGUCUGCCCGGUGCCACGGGCCCACCUGGUCUGAAGGGUGGAGAGGGACCCCAGGGUCCACCCGGUCCGGUUGGUUCUCCUGGUGAAAGAGGUAGUGCUGGCCCAGCCGGCCCAAUUGGUUUAUCUGGUAGACCUGGUCCUCAGGGUCCCCCAGGUCCUGCUGGAGAGAAAGGUGCUCCUGGUGAGAAAGGGCCGCAGGGCCCAGCCGGACGUGACGGUGUCCAGGGUCCUGUCGGUCUUCCUGGCCCCGCUGGACCUCAAGGCCCACCUGGAGAGGACGGUGACAAGGGAGAGGCUGGGGAGCCGGGCCAGAAAGGAAGCAAAGGUGACAAGGGAGAGCAGGGCCCCCCUGGACCGGCUGGUGUUCAAGGUCCUGUUGGAGCCCCAGGUCCUGCUGGAGCUGAUGGCGAGCCAGGUCCCAGAGGUCAGCAGGGCAUGUUCGGGCAGAAGGGAGACGAGGGUCCGAGAGGCUUCCCCGGGCCCCCGGGCCCCAUUGGUCUACAGGGGCUUCCUGGACCUCCAGGUGAAAAAGGAGAAAACGGCGACGUCGGGCCCAUGGGUCCUCCUGGUCCCCCUGGUCCCAGAGGCCCUCAGGGUCCCAGUGGAGCCGAUGGCCCUCAAGGUCCCCCAGGUGGUGUGGGCCCCAUAGGAUCUGUGGGUGAGAAGGGCGAACAAGGCGAGGCUGGAAACCCGGGACCACCUGGAGAGCCUGGAACUGGGGGACCCAAAGGAGAGAGAGGAGAGAAAGGAGAGGCCGGACCCCCCGGAGCUGCUGGACCCGCCGGCGCCAAAGGACCCCCUGGAGAUGAUGGUCCUAAGGGCAACCCUGGACCUGUUGGGUUCCCUGGAGACCCAGGACCCCCUGGAGAGCCAGGUGUCGCUGGUACUGAUGGAGAAUCAGGAGAGAAAGGAGAAGAUGGGGAGCCCGGUCAACCUGGACCCCCGGGUCCUUCUGGAGAGGCCGGUCCACCUGGUCCACCCGGCAAGAGAGGACCUCCUGGAGCUUUAGGAGCCGAGGGCCGGCAAGGAGAGAAGGGCGCCAAGGGUGAAGCGGGUGCUGAGGGCCCAGCUGGUAAGACAGGACCUGUUGGACCCCAAGGACCUCCUGGGAAGCCUGGUCCAGAGGGUCUGCGUGGAAUCCCUGGCCCUGUGGGUGAACAAGGGCUGCCCGGUGCUCCAGGACAGGACGGUCCACCAGGUCCAAUGGGUCCGCCAGGUCUGCCGGGCUUGAAAGGCGACCCCGGCUCCAAGGGUGAAAAGGGUCACCCAGGUUUGAUCGGCUUGAUUGGACCCCCCGGAGAGCAAGGAGAGAAGGGAGAUCGAGGUCUUCCCGGACCCCAGGGCACCCCUGGUGGCAAAGGUGACUCUGGCAUCAGUGGAGCUGCUGGUCCCCUUGGCCCCCCUGGUCCCCCUGGUCUACCUGGUCCUCAAGGUCCGAAAGGAGCCAAGGGUUCAAGUGGUCCUGCUGGUCCAAAAGGAGACACUGGUUCAAUAGGUCCUCCAGGUCCUCCUGGCCCACCAGGUGAGGUCAUCCAGCCCCUUCCCAUUCAGUCGCCCAAGAAGACCAAGCGCUCCAGUGACAUGCAGUCAGACGCCGCCAGGUCCUUCGUGGAUUACGGCGAAGGCAUGGAGGACAUUUUUGGCUCUCUCAACAACCUCAAACAGGAAAUUGAACGCAUGAAAUACCCCAUGGGCACGCAAAACAACCCGGCCAGAACAUGCAAAGACCUCCAGCUGUGCCACCCUGAGUUCACCGAUGGUGAGUACUGGAUUGAUCCCAACCAAGGCUGCUCUGGAGAUUCAUUCAAAGUCUACUGCAACUUCACUGCUGGGGGUGAAACCUGCAUCUAUCCGGAUAAAAAGUCCAAUGGGGUCAGAAUAUCCUCGUGGCCUAAGGAGGUUCCAGGUUCAUGGUUCAGUGAAUUCAAGCGCGGUAAAAUAUUUUCCUAUGUGGAUGCUGACGGAAACCCCAUCAACAUGGUACAGAUGACCUUCCUCAGACUACUGACCGCCUCAGCCAGGCAAAACUUCACCUACAGCUGCCACCAGUCUGUGGCGUGGCACGACGCGGCCAGCGACAGCCACGACAAGGCGCUGCGCUUCCUGGGCGCCAACGACGAGGAGAUGUCUUUCGACAAUAACCCGUUCCUUCAGGCCAUCUCAGACGGCUGUUCGACAAGAAACGGCUACGGAAAGACUGUGAUGGAGCUCAACACUCCCAAAAUCGACCAGGUUCCAAUCGUCGAUGUCAUGUUGACUGAUUUCGGGGACCCGAACCAGAAGUUCGGGUUUGAAGUUGGACCUGUCUGCUUCCUUGGAUAAACAAAGUUAGAAACAAAAAAUUUAAAAUUAAGGACUUGAUGAGGACAGGAAAUAAAGUCAAGCCAGGACAUCCUGGGUGCCACCAAAUUUUAAACUCCCCCCCCCACUUACCCCCAACCCUUUUCUAUGCCACAUGCAAGUUUUGAAUGAGCGAAGGCGUGGCAGACGUGUCUUUCCAUCUCUGCACGGAAAGCGCUCCGUACCACACGUCGUAGUCGUAGUACCACACGACUACAGCACGCUACGGAAGGAAGGCGGGGGACAUGGGAGCGGCGUGGCAGAUGAGGAGGAGUCUGAGGUGACCGACGGACAGGGCCUGGCGACACGAGGCGAAACGGAUCUCUUCGCCGAAAUCCCCCCAGGUGCUGUACGACAACAAAUGGUGCUUGAUCAAAACACGACACACACACACACAAAAAGUAUAUAGUGGUGCUAAGAAAGAAGGUGUAUUUUGAUAAUUAUAUAUAUAUAUAUUAAAAAGAAAAAAAAUGUAAUUAUUAUUUUGUACAAUCCUGUUAUUUCUAAAUCCACUUUCAAAACUUGCAUGUGUAUCAGAACCUGAUUUGGGCUCAGACAUAUACAGAGUAAGUUGAAACCAUACGUUCGUACAUUCUGGGUUUUUUGGGGGGGGUUCUUGUUGUCAUUUCCUCUCUACAUUCUGUGUACUUAUCAUGAAGCAAAUAAAAAAAAAAUCUGAGCAUUUCAACAAUCCUUCUAUUUUCAAAUUAGACUGUAUGCCCCAUUGUAUAUAAUGACUGUCCAAAACUUGAGGUUUUUUUUUGGGGGGGGGGGUUGUUUUACUCUUGUGACUGCAGGUAAAACAACUGCAUUUAUCACACCAGCACAAAUUACGGCGACAUCUCCCACUUAUGUUGCGACCCUGUGCUCCUAGAAGGCAAUUACGACCUCCGUUUUCUCUUUAUUUAAAUAUAUUUGUUGUUAUUAUUAUUAUUAUUUUUUUCUUUCCAGUUUCACUUUUUUUUGACUGGCUUUUGCUUCGGUUGUAUACCUCAGACUUUCUUGAUGACCUUUAAAAAACAAGGAUUCUGUGCCCUGUAUAUACCCUGACUAAGCGAAUAAAUUAAUUUUUUUGGGUGGGGAUAUUUGUAAAGGUAAGAAAAACCUAAACUUGUUAGACAUCCACUGUUCGGAUCCUUCUGUGAAUGCAAUGAGAAGCGCUUGCAGUAACCCAUUUUUGUUACUAAAAAUGAGCAAAUGUUUUAUUGUGCUGUUUUGUUUUUGUUGUUUUGGUUUUUUUUUAGUUCAUUUAAAUAUUAAAAAAAUGGAUUCUAAACAAUA